AUGGAAGUGGCAGGUGGCGAGAACGUGCGCUGCUCGCGCCGUUCAGCCCACUUAGCGCCAGAGCAGCUCAUCAUUAAAACGAAACUUGAGAUGAAGCUCACAGGUGGAGAAUCAAAUGACUUGGACAAUAUGAGGAGAAUGCUGCGAGAUUUUGUAGGAAAGAGAAGACAUUGCCCCUUCAAGACUGAGAGCUCCACCCGUUUCUUCAGGAUGAUUCCUCGCACCAACGCCGUGGCCUCUUGUCGAACGCUCUCCACGGACUCGUCCGCUCGCCAGAACCGGACAACUUUCCCCUCUGGAUUCACCAGAAACUUCCAGAAGUUCCACUUGGGAAUUUUCUGCACAGAAUCUGAAACACAGCACAUUAGCAAGCGUUCAUUAAUGGGACAAAACGACGCUCAUGACGUCUCGUACAGGAGCUUCAGGAGGCGGAUCACCCAGAGGAGCAGCAGUGAGGGUCCAGCUGCGAGCACACCGCUGGCCACUGGGCGGCGGUGUGAGUCCAGGUUUGAGCUGGAUACAGUCUGCCAGACACUGGAGCUGGACUCUCCUCCGAGACACCAUGAACCAGCACAGAGAGACCUGCAGGGAAACCUUCAAGAGACAGCGCUGGCAGGCAUCUCGCACUGUGGGGGUGUACAAAACCCGCUAUGCACCUUCACUGCCAGGGGAUGGCCUGACACAGAAAAUGUUCCACAACAGGGACGUGUGUGGAGAAGUGCAGUUCAAGAACAGGGAAAUGCUCGACAGGCUGGUUCUGAUGGGAGAAGACAUGCUUUGCAGCCAUUUGAUGUUCUGGACAAUACAUCCGUAAAUCAGCAGGGGAAGUCAGUGAUGAUGUUGGCGGCACCGUCACUGCUGAACGACUACUACACUAAUCUUCUCGACUACAGUUGUAAUGGUAUGAUUGCAUUAGCACUGGGCUCUUCUGUUUACCUCUGGAAUUCAGAAACUCGUGCUCUGGUGGGAUAUUUGGACCCGAGUCCACAACCAGGGCAAGCGUACAUUCAGACCAUCUCGUGUCUGAGCUGGAGCAGAGAUGGCAGAACUCUCUGCAUUGGCACCAGGCGAGGGGAGAUACAGUUGUGGGACGUUGAACAAAAGCAGAAUAUGAGGUGUCUGCCGUCACAUCUGUCCGUGGUCAGGGCUCUUUCCUGGAAACAGCAGUUACUCAGCAGUGGCUCUGUUCUUGGACGUAUACAUCACUUUGACCCUCGUGCUGCUACACCUCUGGUGGGCGCAGCCGUGCAGAAAGAGGCAAUCUGCAGCCUCCAGUGGUCACCAGGAGAAGACUGGCUGGCAAGUGGCUCCACAGAGGGCCUCCUCUGUAUAUGGGAUAGUGACAUCACAGGGGUCACAAGGUCACGUCAGCCAAUCACUACGAUUAAACAGCCCAGCGCUGUUAAGGCAAUGGGAUGGUGUCCAUGGCAGAGAAAGAUGAUCGCGACAGGAGGCGGAUGGAAAGAUGGAGAGCUGAGAAUCUGGGACACAGAUUCGGGGACUUGUGUGACUUCUGCCAACACAAAGUCUCAGAUCUGUUCUCUUCGAUGGGCUGAAAAGAAAAGAUAUCUGGUCACAGGUCACGGCCGUCCUCAUCACCAAGUCAACUGCUGGUCCUGGGAGUGUCCCUCCCUCAGCCCCGUCUACCAGCUCAGAGGUCAUUCUCAUCGAGUGCUGCACUUGGCCAUAAACCCUGACAGCACUCAGAUGUUCUCUGCUGGAGCAGACCAGCGCUUUCACAUCUGGGACAUGUAAUUAUCAACAUCACUGAACAUGGAUGUGAAUGUUGUUGACAUAUGAUCAGACUUGUGUAAAACCGUAUGCCACGUACAAUUUAUAAAUUACAACAUUUAUAUAGCACUUUUCCAAUCUUUGCGAUCACUCAAAGCGCUUUACAACACAUGUCAGCAUUCACACACAUUCAUACAGAGUCAGAGGCCACAUACAAAGUGCCACCUUCUCAUCAGGAGUGAUAAACACUCACACCAUUGGCCAUGCCAUCGGGAGCAAUUUGGGGUUCAGUAUUUUGCUCAAGGACACUUCAACAUGUUGACUACAGGCUGAGGUUGAACCACCGACCCUCCGACUGGUGGACGACCACUCUACUUCCUGAACCACAGCCGCCCCAACUAGAGGACUCUGUAAAGAUGUGUUUUAAUUCAUGAUUUAAAAGCUGAGACUGUCAGUAGUCAGAAUACACAUUGGAGGAAUGUUAUAAAGCCCAGGUGCCACUGCCAGUACAGCAAAAGCUGAAUCAUCUCUUGUCUGGAGUUAAGAAGCCUUUAUGGAGAUUAAGCAGUCACAAAUUCACUGGUGUACUCUGGUGCCUGGCAUUGUAAAGCUUUGUAUAUAAUGGGAAGGAUUUAAAAAGUCUUUCAUAACCAGUGCAAAGAAGCUCAACUUUUAGUUAGGCUCAGGAGAAUGUUUUUAAUUAUCAUCUAGUACAGCCGAAGGUAGACAGGAAAGGGGGAGAAAGAGAGGGAAAGGCAUGCAGCAAAGAGUCGGCUGCUAAGGACUCAGGAGAAUAUUUUAACGCAAUUUUUCAUUGUUGUUGUAACUUUUGUUCGAAAUAAAAUACUGUGCACAUGG